GGUUCCGGGGCGGGUGGGCGGCGCAGGGCCCGCGGCCAUGGCGCGGCGACAGAAGGCGAAGACGGCGGCCGCGGGCAAGCGCGGGGCUCCCGCCGCGCUCCCCAGCCCGGCCCCCUCCUCGGAGGACGAGGCGGACGAGGCCCCGGAGGAGGUGCCCUUCGGCGUGGCGAGGGAGGCGGCCGAGGCCGAGCGGCAGCUCGUGGGGGAGGCGGCCCGGAGGCACCGGGAGCUGCAGAAGGAGAAGCGGCGGCGGCACCAGGAGCUGUUCGCGGAGCAGAAGAAGCGCAGGCUGCUGCCCGAGGCGGUGCUGCAGGAGCUGCAGGAUGCGUCCGCACGGCCCGCAGAGCAUGCUGCGGCAGAUGACCCAGUUACUCUAGGUGAAGAACUUGAAGAUGGGGCUGCACAGCUGGCACAAGGCCAGGCCCAAGGGCAAGGCCAAGCUGAAGUGCAGGAGAAGAAAGGCAAGAGGAACAAGGGUGCCAGGACAAAAGGAAACUACAUGGCUGUGUGCUUAAAAGACCACAGUGCAACAGGCCUCCACCAGCAGCUUGCCAGAGACUUUCUAAAUGCUCAGCUCUAUGGGCCACACACCAACCGUGUACAGGCAAAUGAAUUUUUUUCCCUUGCAAACAAGAAAGAUCCAGUGAAAAAAGCCGCAGUUCAGUUUGUGGACAAGUCUUGGGGGCAAGAUAAAAAGGAAAAAGCAGCAAGGUUUAAGAAACGUUGGCUGGCAACACAGAUUAAAAAUGGAGUCUGAAGACAGCUUUUUCAGAAGAUGCUGCCAAGGACUUUUACUGACAGUUGAUCUCUACACAACGGAGGUGCCUUUUCUCCCCUUCACUGUCACUUUGCUUUGAGCUCCAGCCAUCAGAAGGUACCAAGCUGUACCUGAUCAGACUUCCCUGUUCUCUCCCCUCCGUGAAGUUCUUGGGGGAGCUACAGAGCAGCCAGGCCAGUGUGGUAGAACAGCUGGUGCUAGGACCAGGCUUGCUGAGCUGCCUCCAUGAGGCAAUGCCCAUGCAGAGAAUAAAGAUGAGCAAUGUUUUA